AUGAAAUUGGUCCAACGUGAGUUUUUGCCAUUGUCUUGGUCAUUGUUUAGAAUAAGCACAAGCAGCCAAACAAACAUUAUUUUGCUUAAAAUUUGGUACUUUACAAAAAUCUUCCUCCAAAAUCUUCCUCGCAUCCAAACUCAAAACAUCUCCCACCCAAGGCCUACUCUCAACAACAGACGCUUCCUCCCACUCACGGUUAACGUUGUUGCGCUGAUUGUUAACUUCUCUUCAGCUUGCUUAACCGUGAGUGCUCCUUUACCUGCUGUUCAGUUGCUGUGGGUGAACAUGAUCAUGGACACGCUUGGAGCUCUUGCUUUGGCUACGGAGCCGCCGAAUAAUGAGCUGAUGAAACGGUUGCCCGUUGGAAGGAGAGGGAACUUUAUCGCUAACGCCAUGUGGAGGAACAUUCUAGGACAGACUGUGUAUCAGUUCGUAGUCAUUUGGUUUCUCCAAGCCAAAGGGAAGUCUGUGUUUGGUCUCGACGGUCCUGACUCGACUCUCAAGUUAAACACUCUUAUCUUCAACUGUUUCGUCUUCUGUCAGGUGUUUAACGAGAUAAGCUCGAGGGGGAUGGAAGAAAUCGAUGUGUUCAAGGGGAUACUUGACAACUACGUCUUUGUGGUUGUGAUCGGUGCAACGGUCUUCUUUCAGAUCAUAAUCAUUGAGUUCUUGGGGACAUUUGCAAGCACAACACCACUUACAUUAGUGCAAUGGAUCUUCAGUAUCUUCAUUGGUUUCUUGGGAAUGCCAAUAGCUGCAGGAUUGAAGACCAUCCCCGUCUGAUCAAACCGCUCUUUAAAGAUAGAGCUCUACUUAUCUCUUAGAACAGUCUUCUUAAAAAAAAAUUAGAACAGAAAAGUCUUCUGACCAAAGUAUUUGCCUUUUGCAGUUACUCUGUUGUUCUUUGUUGACUUUAAGCUUAUAUUAAGGACAAACAUCUGAUUUCUGACUUCUGUAUUUUUGUGA